AUGCGCACUACCAUCUUUUCCCUCAUGGGCAUUGCCCCCACCGCUGUUCUCGGCGCAACUUAUCUUGCAACAAACACCAGCCAAUUUCUCGGCGUCACCAUUCCGGACAACGAUGGUAUUCCCAUCCUCGCCAGCAAAGACCAGGCAGCCACCAUAAAAAUAUACGGCGGCAUACUUGAAGCCGACACACACGUGAAUGGGACGGUCCACAGAUGGCAAACAACUGUUGGCCAGGCAAACGGCGCCCUUGGCUUUUCUACUGAAGACAAUGGCAUCCGUCCAACUUCUGGUUUCUCUUUUACGAAAAACGGAACGCUUGUGUUUCGCAAUGAAACGGCUAGUCAUGGAUUCCGGGUGAGGUGUCUAAUACCAGAUCGGGUUAGACAGCAAUCCCCAAAAUUAAAAGCGCGAACGCCUCGGGACCCGCACUGCAUACACUGUACACCUUCGUUCCCCGCCAUGGCAUGUCUCAACGACUUCCCAUCCGAGGUUCUGCACCAAAUAACAGGAUAUUUUGAGUAUAAAAUUGAUCUCCAUGCUCUUUCCCAGACAAGCCGUCGUUUCAGCCUGAUUGCCAAUGAAAGACUCUACAACAACUUGCGUCAGGGACGAUAUUACAGGGACGAUCUUUUCAUCUGGGCGGUAGAAAAUGGAAAGGAGGCAUGUGUACGCCGAUUUAUCCAAGCUGGAAUCCCGGUGCCUGUACCUUUAACCUCUCGAGUCGAUCAUUCGAUUUGCAUCGCCGCAGAAAAAGGGUAUGCAAACAUCGUGCGAGUACUCCUGGAGUAUGAAGUUCACCCGGAUUCUUCACACUGGAUGUUGCGGCAUCCCCUGGACAGCCCGUUGAUGAUUGCAACACGGAGAGGCCAUGAGUCGGUCGUCAAAGUUUUGAUUGAACAUGGCGUAGAUUUAGAGUAUGCCAGAGAGUCUGCCCUCGAGGAACAAAUCACACAGCCCUUGUGUAUCGCUGUGAAGAAGCGGCACGUAUCGCUUGUUCGACUGUUGCUUGACCAUGGAUGCAAUCCUCUCACUCCUGACUAUGACUAUGACGGCCCCAGAAUGGGAUGUGCGUGGGAGGCCGCUGCAGGUACUGACCUAGAAAUUCUCCGCAUAUUCAUCAACAAAGGCUUCGAGCCGGAUUUCAGUGAUCCUGCAUAUUCUUACCUGUCCAGACACCUAGAAGUGUUAUUAGAGGCACUGCAAAACGGAGAUAUUUCACUCGUCAACUUUCUCUUUACCCACGCGGCUAAGCUCGAACCCGAUGCCCUUGAUUAUAACGAUAGCUGCCGCGCGAUGCUGCUGCAUGCUUUGAAUGAAGGCCACAUAUCGAUUGUCAAGUUUCUUUUCAGUCUCGAAACUGAGUUCCAAGUUUUUCCGGAGCCCUGCGACGAUGAUUUUUCCCAUGUUUACCAGCGAGAUAUUCUGUAUGCGAUUAGCUAUGCAGCUGGCAAAUGUCCGUUGGACGCUGGAUUUCUGCUGCAUAAAGCCAACGUGAACAAAUUAAUUCAAAAUAAAAGACUGCGUCCAAUUGUCUGUCUUAUGAUUGGUGCGGCAAACGGUGGAAAUGAGGAAUUGAUGAAGCGCUUGCUGGACAUCGACUGGUCUCAAAUCGUUCAAGCUGAAGACUGGAGAAACCACCUGAGCUCCUGUUUAGUAAUAGCUGCCCGGCGUGGUUAUUACGGGCUUGCGAAGCUACUACUUGAUUAUGGGGCUGAUCCCAGGGGCGUGGCCAAAGACAAGCGAUUGCAAAGAGGCAACAUUCCUCCGAUAUUCGCUGCCGCCGAGAAAGGAUCCGUAGACAUUGUGAGGUUACUUCUCGACAGAGGAGCAGACCCCUUCCCUCAGCAGCAGUUUACAUUGUUGGAGAAAGUUUUUCGGCAAGAACAGACCUCUGGAGAGAUGGUGCGAUUACUUCUUGAAAGAGAUAUCCUUGUACCCAAGGGCGAAAAUGGCGACAGCGUUCUUGUGUAUGCUGUAAACGGAGGAGCAGGAAUAUUUCAGCUUGUCCUCCAGCAGAUUGGUGGCAAGCUUCCGAACAACUAUUACCACCGAGAAGCCUUUGAAGAAUCAGUUCGCAUGGCAGAAACAACCAUAAUGGAGAUCUUUCUAAAAGCAGGCUUUGACCCUAAUUCCAAUUGUCUCAGGAAACGAACAAGUUUGCUGGCACUGGCAGCAGAAGUAACUGAUCCCCCUGGAAUCGGCGAGCAAGCCGUUGAUCUCCUUCUAAAAUACGGCGCGGACCUGGAAUGGUGCGACCCUCACGCAAAUCGACCACUGCAUUACUGUCCAGACAAACCAGAAGCUUUCAGGCUUCUUCUGAAGAAAGGGGCCAAUCCGCUAAGCUACCGUGAUUCCUCCUGUGGUUAUACACUGUUAAACGCGACUCGGUGGGGUGCACCUUCUACCGUCAAAGAACUGCUGCAAAGCUUUGAUGCGCAGGAUAUACCUUUUGAGAAAGUGAGGCCCAUUUUCGAGGAGGUUAUCAAUGAUAAAAAGAGGCAAGGGAGAAACCCGAAGGCGACCGAAUAUUUAUGGCGUUGGUACUAUCGAAGGGUCUAUGCUUGCCAA